AUGCACAUGAGCAGCCAACAAAGUCAGCUUGCCAAGACAAAGACCACCAUCUCCAAGGAUGAUGCCGUCGCCAACAAGGAAGCACCUUGUUCCUGGUCAAGAUGCCCGGAUCACAUCCUGCAGGUUGUUGCCGGAUUUCUGAACAACCGAUCUGACAUCAACAGGCUUGUACGCACCAACCGCCAGUGUCACAGGGCUGUCAACAAGUUUCUGUACAAGUUUGACUUGAGAGACGACGGUAAACUUUCGUACGCGUUGCUGUGGGCAUGUUGUCUUUCAAAAGUUGAAACGGCAAGAAUGGCACUGGAAGCUGGUGCAGAUCCCAACACAGAAUAUUCUGCGAGUUUGUGGGAGGUUCUUGACAAAUACUCACCAGACUUUGAUCCGUCUCGUGGGAUCUCGGCUAGAAACGCACUAUACGUUGUGGCGUCCUUCGGAGACGUUGCCAUGGCGAGGUUUUUAAUUGAAUUCGCCCAGGCAGACUUUAGUAAGCCUGUUCGAUAUCCAACACAGCCGUCCGGAGCAUGUCUUUGCCAAUCCGUGCGAUACGAAGAUCCUCCCUUGUUCUCUGCCAUCUCGGCGGAUUGCGCCGAGCUGCUUCAUGUCUUUCUGCAGCAAUAUGGCUACAACAUCAGAGAUCUCUCCAACAGCACCGUUCUCGCUCGCGCCGUUCGGGAAAAGCGGCCAGCAGCCAUCAGGACGAUACUCAGUAAUGAAAGCUUCUCGGACCCUCUCGGUGCAGGCGACAUAAACGGCCUUAUCCAGGCCGUCUACCAGGGCGAUGCUGGCCUAGUACGCCUGAUACUAGCCAAGAGCCGCUCCGACCCCAACGUGAUCCGCAACCGCGGCGACGACAAUCGGUGCCACGGCGGCAUUUACGGGCAGACACCACUUGUCGUGGCCGUAUGCCAUGGCCAUGAGAGCGUCGUCCGGGCUCUGUGCGCCGACUCGCGCGUCGACAUCAACCUCGCCGGCCCCAACCACCGAGCGCCCAUCUUUUACGCCCUGACGCAGUUUCGCUGGGACAUUGUCGACGUCUUGGUUGCGCACGGGGCGACGUACGACGCAGAGCUCGCGUUUGAGCAGGCGUGCAUCAACCGCCAGCUGGCCUGGAUGCUUCGCUUGAUACAGACGACGACAUUUGACGAGACGCGGCUGGAUUACUGGUACAAGACGAGCUAUGCACUGCUCAAUGAGUGCAAUUACUGGCAGAUGGUUCAGUCGGAGCUGAAUCAGCAGAAACGGGCAUUUCUGAGGAGCUGGCGACAAGACAAUGCUCUGUUGUGGGAAGAGCAUGCAAUAAAAAGCAUUAAAACGGAAGAAAAUGGCGGUAGCUGA